AUGCCGCUAUCUUAUGAGCGGUAUAUGAACUUGAUUUUUCAUCGGGACUCGGUGGUAGAACCUGUACCACAAGAAAUCUCACGAAAAAUUGUCUCCGGAGCUGUAUCGCCUGUAGUGACCGUUACAUCAAAUGAGGUCCUAGAUCAGCAUAUACAAGAGUGUUUUGGCCUCGAUAGUCUUUACAUGCUGCUCCGCCAUUUUGGGGACUGUAUUUCAGAUAGGGCACAAGCUGAUAACGACGAUGUUGGAGCUACACCAGUAGAAGCACAGACCACAGGCGGGCUUUUAACAACUCCAAACGUACAGACUAGAGCGCGCAGUCGCUCCAAUAGUCUGUUUCAAAGGUCUUCGUCGCAAUUCAUGCGGUUCACAAGACCAUUAACAGAUCUUAUCGGCACUCGAGAAUCUCACGACUUACUGUUCGACUACCACUCUCUUGAGGUGUUUUUGCAGCACUAUUUGAGUCUAAUUGAAGAUAGAACCACUCCCAGUACACCCCAUACUCUACUUCAGCAUUCCUUAUAUCACAAGUUUUUCAUAACUGCAAUAUCGUCGACCACACACUUAUCCCCUUACGAAUCGUUUAAUCAUCCCGUUGCGUCGCUACUGGCCCUGGAUAUAAGCAAGGAUCAAGACUACGAAACUGCCAAAGAACUGUUAGUCUCAUUCAAAAACAUGCAUAACCGUACACCACAUUUUCCAUCUUUCAUCAACAUCAGUGAUGUACUACCCGUCUUCUUACUUUGUUACGAAGAGGAUUCCCGCGAACAGUUUGAGAAAUGCCAGUCUCUAGCUAAGAUGCUUCAAAAGCAACUAUUUGUUGAAAGCCUCUUACUUCCUUUGUGGGAUAAAGAUGAAAAUGCGGCUAAGCGUGUGUUACGCUUGCCAGUUAUGUCGUCACUCGAAGAAUCAGUGCUUUCUACAAUGAAUGAAAAACAGUUCGAGCUUUCUCUUCCCUUGAUUGAAACCAUAUACGACCGUCUAACAAUCUUUUCGGAAGAAUUGAUGAUACCAUUCAUGAAGCGCAAGAUUUCGUUCUGGGAAGAGACUAUCUUGCAACCUCGCAAAUCCAUCUUCCCUAACUCCAAAUUCUUUCGGAAGCUCAUGUCAAGUAAUCCUGCCCCCACGGCUAACAACGAUUCAGCGACUCAUAACUAUCAAGGUCUUGCUUAUUUCGCUGCAACUUCUAAUGAGUUCCUGUUAAGAAAACUAGCAGAUUGGUCGUUUAUGCUGUCCGAUUUCAAGACGGCUUACUCCACUUACGAGUCACUUUCCAAAGACUUUGAGACCAGCCCAGAAUAUUUGGCAUCAUGUCUCGAGUGGUGCGCUCUUUCAGUGUUAAUGGGUGCCCAAAGUAUAGUUACCGUGAAGAUGAUAAAGAACGAUAUUGACCCACUGAUAACCAGGGCACUGAAAUCCUACGAGCUGUCAGCGACAAGGGCCAAGGAACGAAAUGCCUUGAUCGAAAGUAGCAGCAGAAAGGCCGCUGUAUCAGGUGCAGCGCUGGACACCAAACCUAAAAAUUCAGCGGAGGAUCAAUCAGUAUCAACGCCAUAUCAGUCCGCACAAAGUUACGAAACAAGAUGUAUGCUUUUGGCAGCAGAGCUUUUCCUGAGCCUGAGUGAUACAUGGACAGCAACACCAUACGCUAUUAAGUACCUGGAGACGAUUUUAGAUGACUGUACCGUUGGCACUUUAUCAGAAGUUGUGAUUUGGGAAAGGCUUGCACAAUGCUAUGCUUCAAGAAUUGAUCCCAGAAUCAAAAGCAAAAAGACCCUGGCGGACUUCCGUGGUGCCGAUGACCUCGAGAAAGUUAAUGAAGGGGAAGAGCUCUCUGAUGCAGAGUCGGAUGAUGAUGACCAACCUUACAAUCACAAGAUCGAACAGGAUUGUGUGAGCGCAAUUGGGCUCACGAGAAAGCGUAAAUCUGCGUUAUUUCGCUUGAUAGCAGCAAAAAAAUGGGUCGAGGCCAAGCAAUGGCGGCAGGCAUCUUGGACCUUCAAAGACGUAGAGUUGAUGUAUGCGGACACAGCUUUCGCGCUUAGAAAGACCUCAAUACUGGACCGUCUACGAAAUGAAAUCCAAUGUCAUGAACCAUGA